AUGAACUCAGAUCACGUAGGUAGACGGGAACUCAGUUCACGUACGCGACUCAGUUCACAAAUAGUGUGCACAAUGUUUACUGAUAGAGAGGGUCGUGUUAUACUCGACCAAGGGACUGAUAGAGAGGGUCGUGUUAGACCAACCGCUUCUGCAUGGGCUCACCGUGCUCAGCGUGAAUUACGGCAAGCAGAAGAGGCCCAAGCAGAUGAGGCCCAACCUGAAGCAGAUGGCAGAUAUCUUGGUGGUCCGGUUGAUAGGUCUGUCCUAAGGAAAUAUGAGGAUCUUGUUGCGACACGACUAUGGGACAGCGUGGAUCGCGGAGAGUUAAGAGUUUUUAGCAAUGACAAAAAAUUAAAAGAAGCUGUCAUUGAAAAUCAAGAGGUUGAGGAACUUGUUAAAAGUUCUGGUUUAUAUACAUUGCUAAAAUGCAGCUAUGAGAUGAUCGACAAAGGUCUAAUUUCUGCCUUUGUCGAGAGAUGGCAUCGCGACACCAACAACUUUCAUCUUCCAAUUGGGGAGAUGACCAUUACUUUGGACGAUGUCUCUUCGUUGCUGCAUAUACCCAUCACCGGUGUAUUCUUCAACGUUAAUAUAUUUAACAAGGAUGACGCUGCAUAA